AUGGCAGACCCGGCCCCGGCAAUCGCGCAUCUCCGCACCAACUCAUGGGCAAACAACCUCAUCUCCUCGGCCGACUAUACACCCAUCCAAACCGACUCACGGCGCAUGAAGCCCACAACUGGUGAAGAUGGCUACUUCGCAAAAACUCUCAAUACACCCACCACGAUCCCUCACUGCCUAACCCUGCAACGGCGCAAUCUCACACCCGCGCCCGCUGAAAUCCCCACCUGGCUCCCCGCAACAAAACAAGAUGCCGCAUCUGCCACAAAGCCUACCCCGGAUCUACACCCAGCGGACAUCAUUAUGAUCUUCGAUCUUAGCAGCCCUGGUAUAUCCGGCCACCCAUCCACCGUGCACGGUGGCAUUGUCGCGACGCUGAUUGACGAGGCCAUGUCCCUCGCUGUCGCGGCACACACCAACGCGCCCACUGCCAGUACGACCGAGGAUAACCCGCGCGGGAAGAUAUUUACCGUGCAGCUGGAUGUCAGAUAUAAGAAGCGUGUGGCUACGCCUGCUUUGCUGGUUAUCAAGGCGCGUGUUGUUGGCAGGGUCGGGAAGAAAUUCUGGGUCCGGGCGCAGGCACUGCAGGAGGAUGAGGAGGAGGGUGCGGGGGGACAUUUAGUGUCCGCUAAGAGGAAGGUUGUCAAGGCUGAUGCUAUGGCAUUUUGGCUUGUGACGUCCGACUCGAAGUUGUGA